AUAUUUUGGGCGGUGUGGGACAGAAGUUGAGUUUGGUGAAGAGCAGCAUAAGCAUGUCUUUGUGCUCCGUUCUCCCACUGUUCAUCUCCACACCUCCAACCACAACCACAAGCAAGAGCCUUCAACGCGGGAAUAGAAAUUGGGCGUUGCAGAGACUCAGAAUCGUUGCAAAAUCAAAAUCAGAUGCGUCGCCAUCAUCGUCCACACCCACCUCCCUUCUUUCUUUUCUCUGCCCCCUACUCACGCUCUUAUCUGGAAAGGAUCCUUCUCAACCACGCAAUUUCACUCUCGAGCUAGCGUUAUCGUCCUUGGCUAGCUUGUCAAGGUUUGCAUGGGGAAAAAAAUCCAUAGCUGAGAGUUCAAUCUCCACAGAAAUCACUUCAGAACUUCCUUUAAGUUUGCAGCUUUUUGAAUUUGAGGCAUGCCCCUUUUGUAGAAGGGUCCGGGAAGCUUUGACUGAACUAGAUCUUUCUGUAGAGGUCUAUCCAUGUCCUAAGGGUUCUGUAAGACACAGAGAGGUGGUCAGCAGAACAGGUGGCAAAGAACAGUUUCCUUUCCUCAUUGAUAAAAAAAAUGGUAUUUCUAUGUAUGAAAGUGGUGAUAUUGUAAAAUACUUGUUUGAGCAAUACGGAGAAGGCAGAAGUCCAUCAUUGGGACUUCUGGAGAGCACUGUUUUUACUGGAUGGAUGCCGACAAUACUUCGAGCAGGUAGAGGAAUGACUCGGUGGGUUUACUCCAGGCCUGACCCUCCUCCAGGAAAGUUGGAACUCUUCUCAUAUGAAAAUAAUCCUAAUGCUCGAAUAGUCCGUGAGGCAUUAUGUGAAUUGGAACUUCCUUACAUUCUUCAAAACGUGGGAGAAGGCUCUCAUCGAAUGAAGUUACUCUUGAAUGCUUCUGGAUCUAAAGAGGUUCCUUUCUUUAUUGAUCACAAUACUGGAUUUGAAUCUGGAGACUGCACAACAAUCUUAUCGUAUUUGUUCCAAACCUAUUCAACAGUUAUUUUAUAACAUCCACGUUCUGUAAAUGAAAACUUGUGGUUUGAAAUCACUACAGAGCGCAUUUAUUACAUUGUGCUAUGAAACUUCUUUGCAAGGUGCCUUAUGUGGUUAAGAUGCUAUUUGUGGUAAAGACAAAUGUAACUAACAAUUUGAUCAUGUACUUUUCCCACAAAUAUUACAAUAAAUUCAGCUGCAAAAUGUAAGUUCUUACAUUUC